AUGACGAAACGACCCAGCGCCUGGGACGUUAGCUUCCCAGACGAAGCCGCCGCAGGCACGUCCGCGACACUCGCACCAUCGCAGGCUCCGGACGGCGCACCGCGUCGUCCUUCCGGAAGAAGCGGGACAUCCAGGAGUGGAUCGCGGGGGAGCGCAGAACCACCAGUCUUAUCAGACCAUUUCCGUACAGAGCGCGCGUACGUGCCCACGCCCGAAGAUAUCAAGGAGGACGUUAACACGGUCGUCUUCGGUGAAGACGCGGUUGAGCAGUCGGGCGCGAGCGUAGAGAAACCCAUCCGCGCGCUUUCCGAUUUCGUAGUGUUUGACCCGACGCGGGGUUUCGAGCACAUCACACUUGACGUACUGGACGACAACGCAACGCCGGGACGCCAUUUCGAGGCCGCCGGCCACGUAAGGCCCAUAUUCCUGAAUGAAGAAGAUGAGGGCCAAGAAGAUGGCCUGGACGACGGAGAUGGCGGUGAACAGGCUCGUCAAGUACAACGUAUAAGGACGAGUGCUGUAUUCAGGUGGUACCUCGACUAUACGAAGGUCGACGACCCGCUCUAUAUUGAAACUCAAUAUAGCUGGUUCGAGUUGCGCGCGCCGGCCCACUCCUACCAGCGCAUUCAUCAGCGUUUCUACCGGCCCAAUCGCAUAGCGCAAAUCCUCGUCUCGACCGCAAUCCAGUCUCCUGCGAUGCCCCUCGACGAGUUUGCAGAGGCGAACUACGGGGAAUGGGACGCUAUGCUCGGCGAAUAUAUAUUCUCAGAGGAUAUACAAGAGACGAUGCCCUUCGUUCGGACCGUCAUUGACGGAUGUGAACCGGACGUGAGGCGGCGCGUUCUCGAUGCUCAGUUCAUCGCCGACCUUCUGCGUCGCCAAUCCACCCCGCACGUCCCGACUUCCGUUCCACGGCCACGCGUACCGCCCCCACAAUAUGUCAACCUGACGAGCCUCACAGGCAACCUUGAUCUCCUUGUACUGCGACCGGAGAAGCAGAACCCGACGCAUGUUUCCGCCCUAAUAGACGUCCUCGCCCUGGGACUUUUUCACGAGCACCUGAAGGUGGUCGGCCCGCCACCAAAACAUCCGAGCAAACGUGCCCUCAAGCUUCAGCAGGCCAAGAUGCGACUGGCCUUGACGGAGCUCGCUAAUCGCUGCAUCGACGACAACACCACGAUCAACUUUCCACACAAUCGACGACUACACGAGAAGUAUUGGAGCGCUGUCAUAGUGGACGGCGUCACCUACGAGAUAGGCGAGUGCGUCGUUGUGCAAGCAAACACAUAUCGGAAACGACCACCUCGCGAUCUCCCCGACGACUUGACUGAACUUCCGGCGACUGCAAUCAUUGCCGAUUACUUCUGGUUUGCGAAGAUCAUUUACAUCGACCAGCACAAGAGGACGCUCCAUGUCCAGUGGUAUGAACAUUCGUCGAAAACGUACUUGGACGAGAUCUCGGAUCCGCACGAGGUCUUCUUGUGGCCGACAUGUGACGAUAUCGAUGCCAGGAUCGUCGUCGGCAAAGCUACGAUCCAUCGUGCUCCUCCGGCUGACAGAGACUUCGGGGCUUUGGAAUACUUCUGCCGCUUUGCCUACCAUGAGGAAGAUGGUUCAUUCCAGGACAUAGACGACAGGACAAUCGCACUCCUGCAGACCGUCCAUCCACCAGAAAACUGUGCGACAUGUCACUUCCAAGAACAACAAACGGAGGAGUCCGCUUGCGUCGUGGAGGGCGGCGCCCUGCAUUACGGUGGGCAUGUAUAUCAUGUGGAUGACUACGCGCUCUAUGCUGCCUCGGGUGGUGGUCCAGCAUGUGUCGGUAGGAUUGCGGAGAUCCAUCCGCCUCGGCCUGCUCGGUCUUCGACUUCCCCCAAGAUCCGCGUUGCUCGACUGGGCCGCAGGUCAGACGUCGGCUAUUUCCCCAACAAGAUGGUUCACGAGCGGGAGCUCUUCCUGACUGGACCAACAGAGACCAUAGAACUGGAUGCCAAGGCCCUUCUCAAGCCAUGCGUGGUAGUUCACCGGUCUGACGUGCUUGACCUGGAGGCCUGGUUCGACAUCUCGCCUUUCAACUUCUACGCCCACUAUCGGCUCCCUACCUUGAGCAGCCCUUGGGCACAGAGGGAAGUACUACGCAGAACAGAUGUUCUGGCUUGUGAUAUCUGUCUGGAGCAACAUAACGAAAGGUUUCAGCUUCUGUCAGAGCUGAGCUCAGGUGGCCAGGUUUGUCUGCGCACUUUUGACCCUUUCGGAGGGGUGGGGGCCUUCGGACUUGCGAUGGAAGAACUCGGCUGCAUGAAACUCACACAUGCUGUGGAGAUCACUCCCAGUGCUGCCUUGACAUUAAGGAAAAACUCACCAGAGACGGUGGUGUUUAACCAAUGUUCCAACCUGGUAUUCCAGUAUGCUGUCAAGUACCAUGCUGGAAACCUCAGCAGCAGUGAUAUGGUGAGGGACCUUCAUGACAACACCCCAAUUGGCAAGCCUCCCUGCCCUGGGGAUAUUGACUGCAUAGUGGCAGGCUUCCCUUGUCAACCCCAUUCCCAACUCAACAUGUUCAAGAAGGCCAAUGAUCGGAAAACCAACUUGAUACUCAACCUUCUGUCCUGGGUCGACUUCCUGCGGCCAAAAUACUGCUUCUUCGAAAAUGUGCGUGGUUUCUUGAGCUCCACCCUCCACGCAAGACAAGCGAGCAAGUACCGGGUUGAGGGCGGCAUCAAGAUGGGCGGCCUGAAGUUCCUGACCCGUUCACUGUUAGCUAUGGGAUACCAGGUCCGCUUCGGCCUCCUACAGGCUGGUCAUUAUGGAACCCCGCAGGCCCGAGUGCGCUUCUUCCUGGUCGCUGCGCAGAUCGGUUAUCCCCUCCCCAAGCUUCCCCAGCCCACUCACGACUUCCCUCUGCAAGACGGUCUGGAAAUCAAGUUCUCGCCCGAUCUGCCCCCCAUCCGGCCGAUCCUGACCGCUAAUGGGACGGCGCCAUUCAAAUUCGUCUCGACCAAGGAGGCCAUUGAAGACUUGCCUGUGUUUGACUGGAGGGACCCACAUAAGAUCAUGCGCUCUUCAGGCACGUCACACACACGAGAGGGUGUCCUCACCCUGGAAUGCGAUGUGGAGCAACAACCUCGAGGGUGUGGCCUGACUGGGCCAUGUCCGUCACGCUCGCUCUCAUACCGUUUCGAUAAACCCCGGAAUUCUUUCCAGGCCAGAUGUCGAAGCCGCCCCACCCGUGACCUCCAACAUAUCACUCGAGUCACUCCAGCAUGCACCCGGACUGACAUCUAUCUCAACAGAGUCGUCAAUAUCCCCCUCCGCGCAGGCGCAGACUACCGCGAGCUGAACGCGCGGCUUUGGGAGUGGCAAAGCGCGCAUCCGACGUCCGCGAUGGCACGCGACGGCUUCCGGCCAGGCAUGUACGGCCGUCUCGACGAGGACAAGUGGUUCCACACCACGGUGACGAACGUGUCGCCCACCGCGAAACAGAGCCGCGUGAUCCACCCGACGAGCAAGCGCAUCCUCACGGUGCGGGAACUCGCCCGUUCGCAGGGGUUCCCGGAUUGGUUCGUCUUCCACGCGGUGGAUGGGAAUGUGAAGACGCUGCAGAGACAUAUUGGCAAUGCAGUGCCGUGGCCGGUCUCAGUUGCACUCGCACGCGAGCUACGUGAGGCGUUGUUGAAGAAACGAAUACAAGAUCUUCAAGAAGCGAUUAGGAUUGAUUGA